GUUAAUAUUAGCGGGAAAUUCAGCGGGAAUUCAGGGGAUAACAAUGUCUCCGCUAGUUAUAAUACCGACAUAAAUUUGCGUUACCUGAACAACGCGGCCAAUCUCGGAACACUAUAUCAAGGAUGUGUGAUUAGUGCUGGGGACCGAGGUAUUUUCAGCUUCCCCGAGACCUUUCCGGCAAAGAGCUAACCUACUGCCAUGACCAGAAGAAGCAUCUAGGCCUUAUAGAAUAAUUCCCUAUAGCAGGAACACCAAAUUCACUGGCCGUAAAAGUAUCAUCGACUCGGUAAAGAGCCUCUCCAAGCGUAAUGGCCACAAUCGGAUUGCACUUCUUGGAUUGGGCGGCUCUGGGUAUGCUUCCAUUAAUUCGGUAUCUGAAGAGCCCUCUAACUUUGCUCAGAAAAACCCAGAUCGCGAUCGAAUAUGUUCAUCAGUGUGCGAGUGAGAGGGAUUGUAAUAUUUUCUGGGUGCAGGGAAGCGGAGUGUUAAAAUUUAAGGAGGGCUUCAAGGCUAU